AUGGAAAAGGCCCCAUCGGAUUUAUAUCUGGGCUGCUUAAAGAUACCAUGGAGAGAGUGUUUGACAAACCUCCUGAACUUGAACGAGCGCAUCGUGCGCUUUGCCCCAAACCUGGAACAGGGCAAUCUCCAAGACCAUUCAUUGUCUGCUUCCACCGAUUUCAGGAAAAGGAAAAGGUACUUCAAUGGGCCAGAUGAUGACAGAUACCUCACAGCAGGAGACCGUGGACAGUGUAGACACUGUGGAGUGUCAAUACGGGAUCAGCCCUUGCCCUCCUCCACUUCUGAUGCUGUGACACAGUGUUAUUUGAAGCCCCCCCGAUGGUCUCGCGCUGUGCAGGUUAACCUGAAGCCCAAGAUGGUCAGCGUGGGCACACAGACGUCUUUCAGCCCACAAACCUCCACUCCCCUCGCUAGUCCUGAACAGACAGAUGAUGAAGAUGAUGAUAAUGCCUCUGUCGUUAGUGACUUAUCGUGGGUGCCCGAAGAGCCGAUGCAUGAGGAGGACUUGUUUGAUGAGGAGCCACCUUACGCGUGUGACCCCCACCACAAUGGCAUUGACAAAUUCAUUGUUUGCCAAGAGGAGCUGAUGGGCCUUUUUGCCAUCUGUCCGGCCUGUUGUGAGAGGUCAGAUAGUAGCAUCGUGCAGCAGGAAGGAACUUUUGUUAAGAUCAAGCAGGUACGGUUAUGUUUGCGCAGCAGGCCAUCUGAUUAGAAAAUCAGAAUAUCU